CCAGGUCUGGGGCAGGCUCUUAGGCAGUGAGUGGCUGUCAGUCUUUACGGUGAGGAGAUGUCUAAGUUUAGACUUCCACUAGCAGCCUCGCUCACAGUCUCACAGUCCACCAGCACUGCGGCCUCAGAUCUUUUACCCUCUACUCAGGAGGACUCUAACAGCAUGGCCUCGGCGAAUGACAACACCCCAGAUGGAGACCAGAAGGUUCCAGAUGAGGAUGAAGCUCCUAAAGUCAAAGAUAUCCAGUCUCACUACCUCCGCUGUCCUUCUCCAAGCUUUUCGAUGAUGUCAGACCGUUUUUCGACCAUCUCUGACCGCUUCUCCAUGAUCUCGGGGUCAAAUUCGGAGAGUAUAUUUAUGGAACCCAUUCAUCUUUCAUCGGCUGUUGCUGCAAAACAGAUCAUCAAUGAGGAACUGAAACCCAAAGACCUGAGGUUGGCCUCGACCCCAGAGAGUAUGCUGGAGACAGCAGAGCAGCUAAUGGUGGAGGACCUUUACAACCGUGUUAAGGAUAUGAUCGAUGACCGCAGCCCCUAUAACACACCCUGUGUUUUGGACAUCCAAAGGGCUCUAGUUCAGGAUCGCCUGGAGGCUCCAAUGAACCCUGUGGAUGAAGUCUGGCCCAAUAUCUUCAUCGGGGAAAAAUCAGUUGCAGUCAACAAAGCCCGUCUGAAGCGUCUUGGCAUCACUCACAUCUUGAAUGCAGGUCACGGUACUGGUGUCUACACAGGCGAAAGCUUCUACCAGGGAAUGAACAUCACCUACAUGGGCAUUGAAGUUGAUGACUUCCCUGAUGCAGACAUCUCACCGCACUUCCGAUCAUGUGCAGAGUUCCUGGAUGAGGCUUUGCUGACGCAUAGAGGAAAGGUUCUGGUGGACUCUAUGAUGGGAAUAAGCCGCUCAGCAGUAUUAGUUGCCGCUUACUUAAUGAUCUUUCAUAACAUGACAAUCAUGGAGGCAUUGAUGGAAAUCAGAAAGAAGCGUGCAAUAUCCCCCAACGAGGGCUUCCUAAAGCAGCUUCGUGAGCUUAAUGAGACAUUAUUGGAGGAACGAGAUGAAGAUGAUGAUGAUACUUUAAGCCAGUCCUCUGUAAUUGACACUAGGGCUCGUCUCGAUGAGGAGGAAAGCAUGUUUGGUGCUAAGGUCAAUUCCAUCAUGGUGGAAGAGGAGGAGGACAGUGUGAGUGUUAUGAGUAGUGUUGCUUCAUCUGCUGCUGCUGCUGCCCUUAAAGCAGGCAUUCUUGGAGGCACAACUGAUCAGGCAAUGAGGGCGAUGGAUCCUUGUCUGCCUGGGAAAGAUAAAGAAGAUGAAGAUGACGAUGUAGACAAAAUGAUUCAGGAGUGGCAGAAGCGAAAUGAGAAGUAUCAAAGUGAUGAGUGGUGGGAGUCCCAGCUAAUGUUUGAUGAGGAUGACCUCGGGUCUCUUGCAGGGGAGGGAAAUAGGAUGGUUCCACGGCCAGAGGAUCUAGAGAGUGUGACCAGCGAGGAUGUGCAGAUGGUGAAGGAACGGAUUAAGCGCCGACCUCGCCGGCCUGCCUCAGACUCAGUGUCUACUGCUAGUUGUAGCAGCUAUACUGACCUAUGGAAAGAACGUCUAAGAGAUAUUGAGGAGCAGGCAGCUGCAAGAUACCGUCGCAAGGAACAAGAUGAGGACGCAAAUAGUGAAGCAAGCCAAAAGAAGAUAGACGACGAUUUAGAGAGUAUAAUAUCUGACUCGAGCUCUAUGUACUACUUCUGCAAGAAGAACAAAGAAAAACUAACUCCUCUUGAGCGGUGGAAGAUUAAGAGACUACAGUUUGGUUGGAACAAGAAAGACAAGAAGGCAGAGGACAACAGUGGAGAAGAAAAGGAAGGUGAAGUAGAAACCCCUGCUCCUUCUUUGGAAGAUGUCAAUUUAACAGCCUAUCAGACUUGGAAGCUAAAGCAGCAGAAGAAAUAUGGUGGUGAGGAAAAGAAGGAUGAGAUUCUGGAGAUGAGUCGUGGAGAAGACUCAGCCACAGUGAAGAGGAGACAGCGGAGGGAAGAAAUACUUGAGCGCUCCAGAAAAACACUAGAGGAGAGCCAAUCAGUAUGUGGCUGGGAAACUGAAAGCUCCCUCAGCACUGGUACCAUCCCACUCUCUGCUUUCUGUGCUGGUGCUUUUCCUUCUGCAAGUGUUGCAGGAGAUGAUAACAUGUCCAUAUUAAGUGGCAGAUCAUCUGUUCACUCUGGCCGAAGCACACAUUCCCAACCUACAGUCCCACCAGCACCACCUGAGCCACCUGUGCCUGUUCUGGGACCCAAUGGGGAACCAAUGGUUAACAUAGCAAACAUCCAAAACUGGAUUGCAAAUGUGGUCAAUGAAACACUUUUGCAAAAGCAAGCAGAAAUGAUGAUGGGAGGAAGCCUCCCUCCAUCACGAGCAGGGUCAGUUUUCAGUAUGGGUGCAGGCCCGGCUGUGGGACCCAGCCGUGGCGUGGAUGAUGAUAAGUCCUCUGUAUUAAGUGGAUCAUCCUAUUCUAGUUUAUCUCGCAAUAAGGCCGAAUCUGUGCUUUCAGGUGUAGGUAGAGCUGCAUCUGUACUUUCUGCAGGUGGAAGGGCUGAAUCUGUUCUAUCUGCUGGAGGGGCAUCCAGACUAUCCUCUGUUUCUGGAUUAGGUUCCCGUAGGAGCAAGAUCACCACCACUAGUGUACCUCUUUAUAGCUUAUUCGAAGACCAAGUAAACCUGCAAAAGCUUGACAUAAUGGAAAAAGAAAUUAAAACAGAUAUGAGAGGUAAGAUGGCUUCCUAUGAAAUAAAGAAGAUUACAGAAGACAAUAAACGCAGUACAUUGUUCAAGAAGAAAAAGCCAAAGGAUGAGGAUGAAGACAACGAAGACAAGAGUGGCUUUGAAAAGACCACUGGUGAUUCAUCAGCCCCCUGUGAAACACCAAAACCUAAAAGAGAUUAUGGCCGUUCAGGAAUUCUCCACCUUCCAGCCACAGCCAACACCAACUGUACUAUUGAUGAAUGGCUCAAAAAUGUAAGACCACCCUCCAGCAAACCAAGAAGUUAUAGUGAAGAUACAACUGGACCUCGCAUGUCCAGGCCAACAUACGAAGAACCUCCUGAGCUUUCUGAGUUUGAUUUUCCAAGCCGAAGAAGCUCAGUUGCAGCGCUUGAAGAUGACGAGGAGGACUAUGGCUUUGCAUCAAGAUUUUCCUCACGAGAUGAGGUUGCCAGUGAAUCGGAUUUAAGCAGGGGUCCCAGUCCAGAAUUCAGCUAUCACUCUAGGAGGAGGCCCCUUGGAGAAGAGAACUCUUUCACUGGAACGUCAGAGUCUAGUCCUUACAGAACUGGGAGACUCUACGCUAGACAUGAAACAGAAGAAGAGGACAGUUACCAGGAGUACUCAGCAAAGCGGAAAUUUACUCAUUCUUCACGAUUUGAUGAAAAUGCAAUGACUACAGGAAGGACUCGAACACAACAAGAAGAUGAAGAAGAUGAGGAGAUAUCUGCUUUUAUCAAUCAGAUCAGACAGAGGGCAAGAGCACGUGUAGCAGAGGAGUUAGAUGAUGGUGAUGAAGUUCUUGGUGCAUGGAGGAAACAAGAGGAGUCAAAGUCACUUCCUAAUAAAGGAGACUCCUAACUACAUCUUUUGUCCUUUUGCAGAGGGAUUUAUGGGGUAAAUUUACAUUUAUGGCAUUUGGCAGAUGCCCUUAUACAGGCGACUUACAAUUAUAUCAUUUAUACAACUGAGCAGUUGAGGGUUAAGGGCCUUGCUCCAGAGCCCAGCAGUGACAGCUUGGUAGUGCUAGGAUUUGAACUCACAACCUUCUGAUCAGAAGUCCAACAUCUUCUACUUUACCCUGACAAUGGCAUGGAUUAGAAAUUUGUACUUUAAAAAGCAAUGCCUCAAUGUCUUCAGUGUUCUUGAAAACCAAGGAACCCUCAUUAAUCUUUUGUACACUGUAACUUACACUCACUGGCCACUUUAAUAGGAACACCUAUACUCCUGCUUAUCCGUGCAGUUAUCCAAGGAGCCAAUCAUGUGGCAGCAGCACAAUGCAUGAAAUCAUGCAGAUAAAGGUCAAGAGCUGCAGUUCAUGUUCACAUCAAACAGAAUGGGAAAAAAUUUUGCUCUCAGUGAUUGUCUGUUUUGGGCAUUACAGGAACUGCUGAUCUCUAGGGAUUUUCACAAACAACCCUCUCUAGAGUUACACAGAAUGGUGAAAAAAACAUCCAUUGGGCAAUUUUACAGUUCACUGGUUAUUUGAGUUACCACAGUCUUCCUGUCAGUUUGAACCAGUCUGGUCAUGCUUCUCUGAUCCCUCUCAUCAACAAGCUGUUUCCACCUGCAGAACGGCAGAACUUUAUGUGAGUGUACAUUUGUUCAUGAAAAUAAUUCCUUUAAAAUUAUUAAAAGAGUAUACAGUGGUGUCUACUUUGCUUUUGACUCCAUUGAUAUAAUGUUAUAUCCAACAUGAUAUAAUAAAGCAGGAAAUUUGAG